CAUACGCGUAGCUUGAACGUCCCUCCGUUGCGUUCGUCUGUUCUCUCCGUCCGCCCUUCGUCUGUUCUCUUCGUCCGCUCUUCGUCUGUUCUCUUCGUCUGCCCUUCUCUUCGUCCGUCUGUCUGUCUCCGCUCUCGCCUCCCUCCGCCAGCAUGCACUCGUCAUUAGUCUCCGUCGCUGCCCUCCUCCUCCUCCUGGCCGUGGCACUGGCAUCGGCGCGACCCGACGGUGCCACCGUCCUCGACUUCGACGGCGACAACCACCACCACACGCAGCAGUUAAGCGCAGGGAACGUUGUCACGGGGACGUACGGCUGGACGUCCCCCGAGGGCUACAACUUCCUGGUCAAAUACAUCGCCGACGAGAACGGCUUCCGCGUGGUCGAGAGCAACGCCGUGCCGAUCAACGCCGACGGGAUCUACGCGGACGGGAAGCAGGGGGCCUUCGAGUCGGACGAAUAUGAGAACUGAGGACGAGGAUUGGCGUAGUUUUUUUUUUUUAAAGAGUCAUGGUUCUAUUUUUUGUGUGUGAUUGAUUAAAUUUUUUUGUGAUUAAUUUAAUUUUUUUGAUGUUUUUAUUGUUUUUUUUUUAUUUAUUAUUAUCAUUUUUUGUCAGAUUCUCAUUUUUAUUAUGAUUCAUUUAAUCUAUUCACAUUUGGUCAGAUUUUCGUCUGAUUAUGAUGAAUGAUGUUACUUUCCUGUUGUAUUUAUUUCAUUUUCGUUUUUUCCUUUCUUCAUCUCUAUCAAUACUAUUUUCUUUUUUUUCUUUUUGAAUUAGCAAUCCUCAUCUUUUUUAAUCAUUAUUUCGAUUUUAUUUAUUUGAUCUUUAUUUCGUGGAGAGAAGGACAUAGGGAGCUUGUGGUGAAGGCCUGCUUGACUGGCAACACUGACGUUCAAUUUUAAUGUGAUAUUAAAACAAUUAUGAUAUAUAUCUAUACAUAUAUGUGUGUGUAUGUUUAGAAGAUGCAGAGUAAAUCUAUUUAUUUUUGUGGUUUUAUAUGAUCAAAGAUAUUUCAAAUGAUGAGGGAGGAUUUCAGGUCAAGCUCUCCCCAUCAUGUGGAAUAUCUUCUUUAUGAAUAUAAAUAUAUCUAUAUCUUUAAUAAAAUCGAAUAGCGUA